UGUAGCGUCAUCCUUUCUGAUGUAGAGCGGCACGGCGGCCUUUCUUUGCUGCUCUACAUAUCCCUCCGUCUCUGUCUGCACUUAUUCCCGGUAUUUCAGUUCUGAAUUUCUCCAAACAUGGCUCGAAAGACGCCGGUUCUCGCAGCGUGCCUGCUGCUGCUUCUGGCCGCUGUGGGCUCGGAGGUUUCUGCUGACGGGUUGGUUUACGAGGACGUGAAAAGAACCGUGGACCUGAGCACUCAUCUGGCUAAGAUCACGGCGGAGAUCGUGCUGUCCAACCAGGGAUCCUCCGCCGCUCAUAACUUCAUAUUAGCUAUAGAGGCUGAACUAGUCCCGAACCUGGCGUACAUCGGAGCUUCGGUAAAGGGUGAUGAGGAGGAUGAUGGCACACUUGAACUCCAACAGACAACAAUUCAGGGCCAAAGUGGGGCUUUCUACAAAGUGCAGCUGCCCUCCAGUCUGGCAGCGGGGGCUCAGCUGAAAGCGAAGUUGGAGAUGACCUUCAGCCACGUCCUGCAGCCCUUCCCCUCUCAGAUCACCCAGGCCGAGCGCCAGCUGGUGGUCUUCCAGGGGAACCACUACAUGUACUCCCCUUACCCCAUCCGCAGCCAGACCACACGCAUCCGCCUGGCCUCCAAAACUGUGGAGUCCUACUCCAAGCUGGGUAACCCGAGCAAGAACGAUGAGAUCAUCGAGUACGGACCUUUCCGCGACGUGGCUCCGUUCAGCGAGGAUACAUUGAAGAUCCAUUACGAGAACAACUCGCCCUUCCUCACCAUCAGCAACAUCGUCCGCACCAUUGAGGUCUCUCACUGGGGUAACAUCGCUGUGGAGGAGACCAUCAACCUGAGGCACACAGGGGCCGUCCUGAAGGGGCCCUUCUCUCGCUACGACUAUCAGCGCCAAUCAGACAGCGGCAUCUCAUCUGUCAAAUCCUUUAAGACUAUCCUCCCUGCAUCGGCCCAGGACGUCUACUACAGAGACGAGAUUGGAAACAUCUCUACCUCCCAUCUGCAGGUUCUGGAUGACUCUGUGGAGGUGGAGGUCCGGCCUCGCUUCCCCUUGUUCGGCGGCUGGAAGACCCACUACAUGAUUGGCUACAAUCUGCCCAGCUACGAGUACCUCUACACCCUGGGUGACCAGUAUUCUCUGAAGAUGAGACUAGUUGACCAUGUGUAUGAUGACCAGGUGAUUGACUUCCUCACUGUGAAAAUCAUCCUCCCAGAGGGGGCCAGAAACAUCCAAAUGGAUACACCCUACAAAAUUGAUCGCAAGCCAAACCAGCUGCAUUAUACAUAUCUGGAUACCUUUGGCCGACCAGUGCUGGUGGCCAGCAAGAGCAACCUGGUGGAGCAUCACAUCCAGGACGUUAUGGUUCAUUAUAACUUCAACAGGAUCCUGAUGCUGCAGGAGCCUCUCCUGGUUGUAGGAGCCUUCUACAUCCUCUUCUUCACUGUCAUCAUAUAUGUCCGCCUGGACUUCGCCAUCACAAAGGACCCUGCGGCUGAGGUGCGUAUGAAGGUGGCCUCCAUCACAGAGCAGGUUCUGACUCUGGUCAACAAGCGUCUGGGUCUGUACCGCCACAUGGACGAGGUGGUGAACCGCUAUAAGCAAUCUCGAGACACGGGGGCGCUAAAUAGCGGGCGGAAAACCCUGGAGGCGGACCACCGCAACCUGACCAAUGAGAUCAGCUCCCUGCAGGCCCGCCUCAAAGCCGAGGGAUCUGACUUGGCCGAUAAGGUCGGGGAGGUGCAGAAGCUGGACGGCCAGGUGAAGGAGCUGGUGUGCCGCUCCAGCCAGGAGGCGGAGCGUCUGGUGGCCGGGAAGGUGAAGAAGGAGGCUUACAUCGAGAGCGAGAAGACGCUGAGCGGCAAGAGACAAGAGCUGGUCGGCCGCAUCGACAGUCUGCUGGACGCCCUCUAAACUACUCCUGCCACACACACACACAAACAGACACACACACACACCAUCCAUGUGACAACACAAGACCGACUAUUUGUAUGAAUGAGAAUUAAAUGAAAUGUGACACAUUUGCUUACACAUUUUUUGUACCAUUCUUGAGACAUGGACAAUUUAAAAUCUGAUCUUUUGGCAGUGACGGGUUUAUCCAAAAAUGUGUGCCUUGUGAUAAACUUGAGGUCAGCUCUGCGUCACAAAAUGUGGCUUUUUUUGUUUGCCUGUAUUUCUGUUUUCAGACUAGACACUUCAUUUUCAUGUUCGGAUCUGGACUUUGUCUUUUUUUUCUGUAUGUAUGGUUAUGGGACUUUUUUUUUUUGGAAACUGAUUGCAGAAGGGCCCAAGUAUUUUCGUCCUCAUGUCUUUACUCGCAUAAGCCGUAUUCAAAGAUUGAACCAUCUCUCGCUCUGAAGUAUGAAAGUGAAUUUUUUUUCCAAUCGUAUCUCUUUUGCACUUGCAACUGUUUUCUACUCGCCCCCUGACUGACAUUUAUAUUUGAACAAAGCCGAAGCUCUAAAUUUGUCUCAUCCCACAUGCUUGUUGUUGAUGUCCCUCAGUCACAUUUUCUACAUUUUUUAUUAUUUUCUUUUUGUAAGUGAUGUUUUUUUUUCUUUCGACCAUGACAUUAGUGAAUACAUGAGAUUAGGUUUAUGCGAGAAGAGACACGAGAGAUGGGACACGGAUGUUUGUGGAAUGGCCGAUGACAUGAAAAGCUGUCAAAUUUGAAAUAAAGUUUUGAGAAACUCA